ACAGCUAUUAUAGGGGUUAUUGUAUGCGUUAGUGUUUUAGGGGUUACUCGAUCAGUAUUAUUGGAGUUAUUUCGGUAUUGUUAUGAGAGUUACAUGGUCGGUGUUAUAAGGAUUACCCAUUCAAUAUUACAAUAAAAAUUACUCAGUCGGUGUUAUAGAGGUUAUUUUGUUUGUUUAUAUAAGUGGCUACAUGAUGUGGUCAAGCACACAAAAUACGUACAACUUUAUUUAAUUAUUAUUCUAUAUAAAGUUUUUUUUUUUUUUUUUUUUUUUUUUUUUUUUUUUGAUUGGGGAGUAGUUUAGUUGUGUACUAGUCGUAAUCAACCAGUUUGGCGAUGUGGCCAAUGUCCAUAUCACAUGAAACGCAAUGAAGCCCAUAAAAUUAGUAAAAUAAUAUUAUCUCAUUUUUUUUUCUAAUAGCAACACUUCUUUUCAUAUGAUUGCCAAUGCAUCAUUUUAAAUAUUUGUAUCUUUAAUUAUCAAUAUUAUAAAAAUGUGAUAUUAUAAAAGUUUUGAUUGAAGCAAAUUCAACAAGAUUAUUUUAUAUGAUUAAAUGUUUUUAAAAUUACAUACUGAGUAGUUUAAAUCAUCAAAGAUUCAAAAUUAGUCAAAACAGAGUUUUGUUACAUCAAAUAUCAAAAAGUUUUACUUGUAUUUUAUAUUUUCAUAUAUUACAGAUAUAAUUAUAUAAAUAUUGAAAUUAUACAUUAAAUUAUUGCAACAACUCCAUAAAAGAGAAGGUAGAAAUGCAUAUACUCGGUAGCUUAACUAAUACGAGUACAUCCAAAGGGUAGCCACUCACCUCAUAUGUCAUCAACAGUUCAACACUAAUCAUUUUCUUCUCCUCACUAUUCACAACUACGUACUUGACUACUUGUAUUAUCCUAUUUAUUUGUGGAAAUUUCAACCAAAUCCAACAUUCUUUAACCUUUCUAAUUUUGGCAAAAAAAAAAAAUGACGAAAAUGAGUGCCGAAAAAAUAAACCAGACGUUUUACAUAUCUCAUGGACCACCGACGCUUCUUCUCUACGGUGCACGUUAUCUCAAGCAAUUUUUAAAGAGUUGGAGAGAAAUAAUCUUUGAUCAAAAUCCCAAAUCUAUUCUUAUAAUUUCUGGUCAUUGGAAAACUAAUGAACCUACUGUUAAUUCUGUUGAUCUUUGUGAUACUAUCUAUGAUUUUGGUGGAUUUUCUGCUCCUCUUGAUAUGUAUAAGUUCAAGUAUCCAACUCCUGGGGCUCCAGAUUUGGCGGAGCGAGUACAAGAGCUUCUAACAACCUCCGGAAUCAAGAAUGUGAACAUAGACAAGAAACGAGGACUCGAUCACGGUGCAUGGGUGCCUCUGAAGCUCAUGUACCCUGAAGCUAACAUUCCUAUAUGUCAGCUAUCUAUCCAAAUGACCAAGAAUGCGACGUACCACUACAACAUGGGACGAGCAUUGGCUCCUCUUAAGGAAGAAGGUGUUCUCAUCAUUGGUCCUGGAAGCGCCACACAUAACUUGAGGGACUUCGAAUGGGAUGCUAAAGAUCAAGAGGUUGCUCCAUGGGCCGGCAAGUUUGAUAAAUGGCUAGAGGAAGCUUUGCUUAGUGGAAGUCAUGAAGAUGUGAAUAACUACUUAGAAAAGGAGCCUAAUGCAAGAAAGGCACAUCCAAUACCUGAUCAUUUCUACCCGUUGCAUGUAGCCUUGGGUGCUGCCGGGGAAACUACGAAAGCGGAGCUCAUACACCGCAGCUGGAGCCUCGGUACCCUUUCAUUUGCUUCCUACAAGUUUACCACCCCGGCCACCCUCAUCAAUUAAGUUUAAUUCUCAAUGUGUACUACAAUAGCUAUAUUAUUACUCAAUAAAUUGUCACAUUUCAUUUUGAAAUGUACCAUAGUAUGGUUCUUGUUUCAUUUAUGCAUGUUACGUUGGUACAAAAUUGUCUUUCUAUUGUACAAUAAUUUGCAAGGUUAGAUAAUUGUUAUCAUCUGAGCAUUAGCGUAAACAAAACUAAUUCGAGCGACUGUGAAGUGUGAAUUAUGUAUAAACUAUGGAGUAUAAUAUACCACGAACCAA